UCUCAUUUUGACAUUCCAAAACCUAGCUGUCAACAAUGUCGUUUGUCAGCCAUUCAUAAAAGCUAUGGCAUUAUCUAAACAAAAUAUUCCCCAGCGAGCCCAGCACUUUUUAGAAUGUGGUAUUGAAGAAUGUGAAAGAAACUGCGAGUUCUACUGCAACCCUUGUCAUCAAAGAUUAUGUGAACAAUGCAGCGAGGAACAUCUGAAAAGUCCAGAAAACAAGAACCAUGAGGUGGUUCUUUACCAGCAACGCAAACGACAACUUCCUGUAGAUAAAUGCAAGAUCCACCCUACUAAAGAUGUGGACAUGUUCUGUGAAGAAUGCCAGGUUCCGUUAUGUUCCAAAUGUGCUACAAUGGGAGACCACGAAAGACAUAAAUUUGUUGAUCUUGAAGCAGUCUACGCUGAAAAAUUUGCAGUCUGCCAAACGGAAAUCUCCAAAAUUCAUGAAUAUUUUCUCCCUACAUCACAAGAUUUACAGAAAGAUAUUAAAAAAAAUUCCUGGGAAAUUAAACACAUUAUAGACAACAUUAGAACAUCUAUGAAGACUGAAGGUGAAACCUUAAAAAAUCUUGUGGACACAGUCGUAUCUGAGAACAUGAAGCAGUUAGACCAGAUAGAGCAUUCACUGUUAGAAGAUAUAAACACCCAAGACAAGACCAUGGAUGAAUACAUCAAUUAUCUUAAUAACCUUGUCAAAGAGCUCCACAGAUGCCUGUUCUCUAAAGAAACCCAGAAAUUAUUGUGUGAGAAGAAACCAAAGAUCCGAUCCAUACCAGAAACAACAAAACCAGUCACACCAGAAUUUACAGCUGGUCCAUACAGCAAACAAGAUGUCAUCAAAUUGCUAGGUAAAAUACAUGUCCCCAAAACUAUGGCAGAGAGGAGAGAAAUAAAGUCCAUUGAAAGUGUCUACAAUACAGCAAUGAAACAUACACAUAAACAGAUGAAAGAAGACAGAAUGAAAUCCGACAAGAAACAAACAAUGUCUCUAUCUGCCUCUGUCACAAAGGUCAGGGAGUUCAAUGUACCAGGUGUUGAUAAUGUACGUCAUGUAUCACUAGAUCAAUCAGACAAACUCUGGAUCAGUGAUGGUGAUGGUAAUCUUGUCCAAACAGAUUUACAAAGGAAUGUCAUACAAAAGAUAAAAACCAGUGGUGGAUCUCAGGGUUACCACACAGUCACACAGGACAGGGAUCUGAUCUUUACAGACAGAAACAAGAAAGUCAUUAAUAGGAUAACACAGGAUAAUAAUAUCACUGAAUUCAUUAAAACUGGAGACUGGACACCACUCAGCAUACACUCCUCCCACAUCAAUGGGGACUUACUGGUGGGGAUGUUUAAAGAGACUUUAAGUUUUAUGGGACUAAUGAAUGAAAGAGAGGGUAAAGUCACCAGGUACAACAAGACAGGAAAAGAACUACAGAACAUACAGAGAGAUAACAAAGGACAGGGACUGUGUAGUAAUCCACACUACAUCACAGAAAACAUCAAUGGAGAUAUCUGUACAUCAGACUUUAAUAAAUGGGCAGUAGUGGUGGUGAAUAAAUCAGGACAACACAAAUUCUCCUACACAGGCCAGGAGUCAAAGUUUCGUCCCUAUGGAAUCUGUACUGAUGUCCUCGGUCACAUCCUGGUGUGUGAUGGUGUUAGUAACACUGUUCACCUCCUUGACCAGGACGGUCAGUUCUUGUGUCUAUUACUCACACAAGAGCAAGCGAUAUACUGUCCCCGUAGUGUGUGUGUGGAUGAUGAAAACAAUCUCUAUGUGGGACAAUACUCCAACACACUGACAGUGUACAAGUAUCUACAGUGAAAACAAUAUUGCAGCUAUUCUUAAUAUUAGAUCUACAUAAAGUUUUAAAUUGCAUAUUUAAAUCUGAAUCAUAUAUAUUGCAAAAUCACGAGUAUUUGCGAGGGAUCAGAUUUCCUCUAUAUCAUUGUUAAUAAUUAUCAACAUAAUU